GAACAACAUAUUCAACAACUUCCCUUUUAUCCAAACCAAAUUUCACUCGCCAUGCCUCAGCUCACUUGGCUCAUCACCGGCUGCUCCUCCGGAUUCGGAGAACAGUUCGUCAGCAGCAUUCUCGCACGCGGCGACCACGUCAUAGCCACUGGGCGUGACAUUAUUAAGCUUCAGAAUCUCAAGGAAGCAGGGGCUUCUAUCCUUCAACUCGACAUCACUUCCACCCAACAAGCCAUCAACGAGACAGUAGCUCAAGCAAUCUCUAUCUACGGAAAGGUAGACGUGUUGCUGAACAACGCGGGCUAUGUUUCAACAGGCAUUUUUGAAGAUCUCGCAUACGAAGACUUCUUAGCUCAAUUUGAAACAAAUAUAUUUGGAACCAUUAAGGUAACCCAGGCUCUUUUGCCUCAAUUCCGGCAGCGCCGAGCCGGGACCAUGGUAUUCAUCGGUUCUCUCUCAGGCUGGAUGGGAGACCCAGGAAUCAGCGCUUACGUUGGCUCGAAAUUCGCACUUGAAGGCAUCGUGGAAUCCCUCUGGCGGGAAACUUCGCCUUUGGGUAUCAAAACUCUCUUGAUCGAGCCAGGGCGAUUCCGCACCAAGCUUCUAUCGAGCGGUAACAUGAAGACCGUGUCGACCGAGAUCCUAGAGUACAAGGAUUUCUCGAGGACGCUUCUUAAGGGACUGGCUGAGGCGGAUCAGAUGCAGCCAGGCGAUCCGAUUAAGCUUGUAGAAAUGGUGUUAGAUCUGGUAAGGCAGGAAGGUAUUGCUGAAGGGAAGGAGAUUCCGUUCCGGCUUCCGCUGGGAAGUGAUUGCUACAAUGAUGUCAAGGCCAAGUGUGAGGAAACCCUGGAGCUGCUGAAAAAGUGGGAGCCAAUGAUCAAGAGUACGGACUAUGAAUGAGAGGUAGGGAAGAC